AUGGUGCAGGCCUACCAGCAGCUCCCAGUGGAUGAUGAUGCAGCAGCCGCUCAUACCAUCAUCACCCACCCUGGGGCCUUCCAUUGUCUCCGCCUCCAAUUUGGCGUUUCAGUUGCCCCAGGGAUCUUCCAGAACCUCAUGGAGCAGCUGCUCCAUGGGCUCCCUGGUGUCGUCCCCUACUUCAAUGAUGUCCUGAUCGCUGCUGUCAGUCGCUCAGGGCUCAUCGAAGUACUUCGGAAGGUCCUCGACCGUUUUAUGGGCGCAGGUCUCAAAUUAAAGCGCAGCAAAUGCUCCUUUGCUGUGCCUAAGGUGGAGUUCCUGGGCUUCAUGAUUGACACCCAUGGAAUCCACCCUACCCCUUCUAAAGUUUCUGCCAUCCGGAACGCCCCUGCGCUCACCUCCAAGGCAGAGCUGCAAGCGUUCCUUGGCCUUUUACAUUUUUACACGCCUUUCUUGCCGCACAAUGCAUCACUAGCUGAGCCGCUGCAUCGGUUGCUUGACCAAUCUGCAGCCUGGUGCUGGGGCAGCCGUGAAGCACAUGCAUUCAUGGCUGUCAAAGCCAUGCUGACGUCAGAGGCAGUCUUAGUCCAAUACAGUGACAAGAUGCCACUGACGUUAGCAUGUGACACCUCCCCUGUUGGUCUGGGGGCUGUUCUGAGCCACGUCCUCCCUAAUGGCUCAGAGGCCCCCGUGGCUUUUUAUUCCUGGACACUCUCCUUGGCUGAGAGGAACUACAGUGAGAUUGACAAGGAGCCUCUGGCUGCGCUCCAUUCACAUCUUCAAGGCAUUUCUUUUAACAAUUCAGCCGGGGAGAGAGUGUUCCUAAAUGAGAAAGGGGAAGCAAGAGGUGGUUUCGACAUCAUCAACUUGAUCACUUUUCCAAACAGAUCCUUUCAGAGAGUGAGACUUGGAGAGAUGGAUCUAAAGGCUCCAAAAGGAAAGGAAUUAUUCAUUGAUGAAGAUCUAAUUGUCUGGCACCCAGCUUUUAACCAGGUUCUUCCAUUAUCUCGAUGCAAUGACCCUUGUUUUCCUGGAUCCUGGAAGAAAGGAAAUGAGGGGAAAGAGUUCUGCUGCUAUGACUGUGUGACAUGCCCAAAAGGGAAGAUUUCAAAUCAAACUGAUAUGGAUGAUUGUUCUCAGUGUUCAGAAGAUCAUUAUCCAAAUCAAGAAAAGAAUGGAUGUAUCCCAAAACUGGAGGUGUUUCUAACCUUUGAAGAAACUUUAGGGAUUGGUUUAACUUCAGCAGCUCUUUCUUUCUUCUUCUUGACCACUUGGGUACUUGGAACCUUUAUUAAGCACAGGGAUACUCCCAUUGUGAGAGCAAACAACAGGUCCCUCACAUACACCCUGCUGGUCUCUCUCCAGCUCUGUUUUCUAUCCUCUUUGUUGUUCCUCAGCCAACCUAGCAAAGUGACAUGCCUUCUCCGUCAACCAAUGUUUGGCAUCACUUUCUCGGUGGCCAUUUCUAGUGUUUUGGCCAAAACUAUCACUGUGGUUGUGGCUUUCAUGGCCACUAAACCAGGAUCUCAGAUGAGGAAAUGGGUAGGGAAAAGAUUGGCUCUUUCUAAUGUACUUUCCUGUUCUAUCAUCCAAGCAUGUAUUUGUAUUCUUUGGUUGUCAACAUCUCCCCCAUUUCCUGAGUUGGACAUGCAUUCACAGGCUCAAGAAAUGAUUUUACAGUGCAAUGAGGGGUCAGCUUUCUUCUUCUACUGUGUGUUGGGCUACAUGGGUAUCUUGGCCAUUGCCAGUUUUAUUGUGGCUUUUCUUGCCCGUAAAUUACCUGACACUUUUAACGAAGCCAAGUUUAUCACCUUCAGCAUGUUGGCCUUUUGCAGUGUGUGGAUCUCCUUCUUUCCAGCCUAUCUGAGCACAAAAGGAAAAGCCAUGGUAGCUGUGGAAGUCUUCUCCAUCUUGGCCUCCAGUGCUGCAUUACUGGGAUGCAUAUUCCUGCCAAAGUGCUACAUCAUUGUUCUCCGGCCUGACCUCAACCAGAGAGAGCAACUCACAAAGAGAAAUUAG